GAUUUUCUCAUUGUUUCCCCUAUUAUUAUAAGCUACACAUCAAACACCCUCAUUUCCACGUACAGAGAAAAGGCCAGAGGGCUUAAAUGACUCAUGUGAUUUGCUCUGGGAUAAGAGACAAUGUAUAAUUCUUAUUAAAUAAAAUAUUCUUUUCUCUUGUGGGAGGUACUAUAACCUUGUAGUUAAGAGCCUGUAUCUUGGCAUCAAAGAGAGCUCGUUCUAUUAUUUUUCAUUUGUGUGCUCUGGUCAAAUGCCACAACCUCCCUAAUCCUCUUCUACCCCAUCUGUGAAAUGGGGGUAGUAAUUAUCUGCCCCUCAGAGUGUUGAUAAAAAGAUCAGAAUGAGGCCAUCAUGUGAAAUUCCCAGAUCUGUGCCUAACCUGUCUACACAAGCACCAUGUUACCCACAUGUAAGAAGUUGUAGACAAAAAGGUAUUUAUAGCCAGCAAUGUGUCACAAGUGAAGAUAAAGUUAAAUCAAGGUUAAUUUACAAACAGUGCAAAAGCUGAACAUAUUAAAGAAAAUUCAUGAGCAGAGCAUCCUGAUAACAUUCCAAAUAAUCCUUUCCCAAAGAUGUCGGCCCACCAGGGCCAGUCUGCAUGGCCACUCGGGCCACCUUGGUUGCUUUUCACAAGUGUCCAUUGUGAAAAGUCCAGUGAAUCAGAGAUUCUACUUUUCUGGUUUUUACCAGUUUUAGGCACCAUCUAGCAAUACACAGUCAUGUUUACUUUGGGGAAGAAAAGGUUGCUUUGGGCGCUGGGUGGUGUGCUGUCCCUAUGGCUUCCUGUGAGGAGGUGAGCAUGUCCGGCAUCAAGGAAUUCAACCGCGCUGUGGCACAGCACCCGGGCAAGACCAUUUUCGCCUACUUCAGCAUUUCUAAGGCUGCUGAAGGAAAAAGCUGGUGUCCCGACUAUGUGCAAGCUGAACCAGUCGUUCAAGAGGGCCUGAAGCAUGUUAGCGAAGGCUAUGUGCUUAUCUACUGCCAAAGAGGAGAAAAAUCAUAUUGGAAAGAUCCAAAUAACAAUUUCAGAAAAAAACUGAAAAUCACUGCAGUACCUACACUACUGAAAUAUGGAAUGCCUCAAAAACUGGUAGAAUCUGAGUGUCUUCAAGAAAAUCUUGUGGGAAUGUUGUUUUCUGAAGAUUAAGAUUUGACGUUGGCAACUGUGUCCUGAUUUUCUGGUUUGCUCUCGUAUAAAAGAAAUUGUGUACUUGCUUUGAAUUCAUGUUGGCAAUAAAUUGUGUUAAAAUCAGUAUGUCUAAGCAAUAAAGAAUGCUAUUCUAAAUACAAAAACAAAAACAAAAGAAAA